AGUUGUUUCUAAAUUAUCUUCAGACACGUUGAUGCAACCACAAGAUUUAGAAGCCUCUUCAUCGGCACCCACAGAGAUCACAUCGGCAUCAUCGACAGCACAAGCUAGUGAUGAUAGCAUAAAAAAAAUUGUUGACGAGGCAAGAAGCAUCCAGGCACUGUUACGAGACUAUCAACAGCGAAAUGAGUCCUUGAAAGGCGUGUUAUCAGGUUUUGUGCAUCGCGAGAUUGAUGAACACGCAAAGCUCUUGCAUCUGCGAGCUGCGGUCGAUCAAGCUGAGCUCGCGGCUCUGAGGAACUCGCAAUAUAUGGAAUACGUAUCAAAGCAUGCGAAACAGGAGCAACCGCACGUUUUUUCUGCUGCAUCCUCUCCUGACGUUUCAGCGAACGCUGCAUCAGCACACCGAGAGCAAAGCUCACCACAUUGCGUAACAGGCUCAACAUCGAAAAGCAAGGUUUGGUGGGUUGAAAAACUAGAAAAGGCCGACUCGGCCAAGUUUCGCGGUUGGCUGCCUGACAGUGUUUUGGCGCUGAACGGCGAAGAGAGUGUCACGCACGUCUGGCUAGGUUGGAAAAAUGCCACGAGCGCGUCAGAGGAAGCAUUUACCAAAGUCGUGGACCGCGUGUACUCUUGCUCCAAUACACACCCCUCCACCGCUGAAGCAGCGUUCAGCUGUUUUGGAAACGGAUUCCUGUGUACCACACCCGCUGAAGUAGAUGCAAAUGUCUUCGCUAGUUUAGAGAAAAAAGUUUCUUUUAUUGUCACCGCAGCAGACAACUUCGCUUACUCUGAAAACGAUGAAUCUGCGUUUGACAGCCUAACGCGAAGAAUCGCAUGGAUGACGUCCCUGUAUAACACCGAAUUAUACGAUGCUGUUGCAAUGUCGCGCGCGUGCUUUGUUGAUAACAUGUGGCCUAAGCAUGUAGCAGGCGCAGCCAAUGCGACAUACAACGCAACCGUUGCCGAUGGACUUCGACUUUGCGGCGAUGACAGGGAUACUUUAGUUUUUGUCAACCCCGAGAGGUUGCGGACAACGAUUACCAUUCGCGGUUUUUUCUUCCACGGAGACGUGGGUCUCGUCGAGCAACUCGGUGCCGAGGUCGACAUGACGGCUCUGUUUUUGUCAACUGAUCAUCACUUUAGAGCGAAUGAGGAGUGCAGAACUUGGGCUCGCAGCAGCAUUGUCCGCACGCUGCGCGCUCUUUAUGCCGCUCUCUCUGCCCAAACUUCUGAAAGCGGGAAGGUAGUCGAUGCCUCCGCGACGACUAAUUUGGUGCUCACGGUAGCCCUUAACCUACCGCCUUCAAAGAACGGUCUUUUUGAUGGAGUCUUGCUAGAUGCUCGCCCAAUCAGCCCUCAGUUACCUUUUGAGGGUCGCACAACGUGGAUGGAGGUGUGCGCCGUGGGCAGACAGAAGGACGGCGUGUGCACAACCGUUGAGGACAGCAAAAAUGCUGAAAAGCAAAACGCACCGCAUGACGUGUUCGACGAAAAUGUGGUUUUCCGGCUUGCCUAUCUUCCAGUUGCCUUUGUGCAACCGUACGAUGCGAUUAGCCAACGGAUUUUCCCGCUCCUUAACGAGGCAAGCAAAUCACGGCUUGGCGGCUCAGCUGGCGCAACAGGUUCGUCAGGAGACAAGCGCCACAAAGUAUCAGCGCUGCGCUCGUUGCCUGCGACGUUCGUAACGAUGGCAUCUCUGUGCGUUGGUACUGCCUCCUGCGUAGCGCUAGCGGUUGGCGUUCUGCGUUGGCUCUGGCGGCCAUAA